GUGAAAAGAACGAUUUACAUUUGAAAUAUUUCAAUCAACGAAUUUGACUGACAUCUGUUUGUUGUGGUUAUUUGGUCACAACAAAAGUAAACAAUGGCUAAAUAAGCGACGCCGAAUAAGCAGAAACUAAAUCAUGAUAGAAUAACAAUUGUCCAUUCAAAUGUUGAAAUAUUUUGUGUAUUUUGUGAGGUGUAAAGUGUUUGGUACAUUUGCUUAAAGACGUUGCUGAGCUGAGACCUAUUCCAUAGCCUAUUCCAUUAGGAGCAUUUCGUACAUUUGAGACAGUUUCGGAAUUUUGCAUCAAUCUCUGCAAUAGGAUGCCUUAUGUCUUGGUGGAAACAAACGAUGCUGUCGGGGGCAAGGAGCUUCUUGCAGCACCAGAAACAUGGAUCCAGCGACACGAUGACGGAACGGUGUAUCUGUGCUGGCCGAAUGUUAGGAACAUUAAUAUGCUGAACGCGCUGCUUAAAGAUGAACAUAGCACACCGUUGGCUGCAUGGGAAAUGCACACAUGCGUGAUAAAGUGUUCUAACAUACAGUCUCUCUCGGUGGCUGGCAAAAUGAUAAAAACGUUGCAAAACCAUUGGAAAACUUCUUACGUUCCACAGAAAAGAACCAUCGAAGCGAAUGAUGAUGUCACUGCGGGGCCUGCUUGUAAAAAAUUGCCCAUCACCGAAGAACGCGAACCGGACGAAUCAGAAAUAAUUGGAAUGUUCAACGAGCUCAGAAGUCUGAUAGAAAAUAGACAUGACGAGGCAAGGAAAAAGCUGCACGAUGGAUUUUAUCGCAUAGAAAAAUGUUUGCAUUCUGUAGGGAAUGAAUUACAGAAUAUAGAGCAAGAAGCGGUUCCCGAUCAUGCUUCGCAAUGCUUGCAACCAGCACACGAGAUGGAGUUUUAUGUAAAUCCCGUAACCUGCAUAGACGAGAUGACUGAUUUUGAAGAGCGGUUAAACGACGAGGAAUAUCAAAAACAGGUGCAACAUUGGAUCGAUUGCGCCAUAAGUCACCAAACACACCCGGAACAUCGCAUGCGAGAUAUCCUUGAUUCGCUGUUUGACAAACAAUUCCUAUCCAAUUUUAGCUGGACUGGAGGUAGCACGGGUAAACUUGCGUUUAUGCCAUAUGGAAACAUUGUUAAUUUGUUUGCAUACGCCGGUACCACCGCAACGCAUGCAGCUACUCCCAAAUAUGUGGGACAAUUUUUCAUAAAAAUACUGCAACAAACUACUACGCUAGCAGUACGUAAACACCUGUCACUAGAGCUAGAAACUGUCGAUUCAACUGCUUCGUGGAACACCGAAAACAAAUCCAUGCUACAAACCGUAGACAGUUUUAAUGAAACUACGCUAACGGAGGGUGGACAUUCAUCACAAUAUACAGACAACCAUACCAACACGGAGAUCUCCAAUGUUAAUCCCUUAACCUGCCUAGAAGAGCUGGAUGCCUUUGAAGCGAAGCUGGGCGAUGCUAAAUAUCGUGCAGAGAUGCAUACGUGGGUAAAUUAUCACGUUGGCUACGAGAUUAAUCCGGAAGUUCGUAUGAUAGAGAUUUUAUACUUGCUAUUUGAUAGAGAUUUUUUAUCCCACUUCACAUGGAUAGGCGCGCGAAAGGGUAGCUAUGGAAUGAGGGCGUACAGCAAUGUUGUUCAACUGUUUCAAUACGUUGGUACCACUGCGGCACAUCGUGCUGAUGAAAUAUUUGUGGCAAGCUUUUUUAACAAGAAAUUGAGAUAUGCCGUCAGAAGAGCAGAACUAGCGUUGAGUGACUCUGAUUCAGAUUCAAGCAACUUUGAACUGAACGAAUGAAUCCACCUACGUAUCCAAGUGCCCGCUUUGAGGAUUAAUGAAUCUUUUGAGAAUCGAUUACUGAUUUUAAUUUUGACUCCGGCAACUCCUCGCUAAAGAUUGGCAUGAAUGACUCUUCUUAAAAGAUUCAUUAAGCACGACAGAACAAUAGAACCUUCGUAGAAGCCACGUUGAAGCAAUAAAUAUGACUUGAAGCAUUAAUGAGAUUUAAUUAACCAUUCACGGUUUCGUUUCAAAAGAUGGGAACUUUAAGGUGUUUGUUCUCCUACGUGAAUAUCGCAAAUUACUUACCGUAAAGUCAUCAGACUUUCGU